UCUGACAUGUCUUAAAAUAUGUCAGUGUCAUUGUCAUUGUUCUGUGUCAAGAUGCACACCUGUAUUGUUUUCUUCUAAGCCAUUUUUGUAAAAGUUGCUUAAAUACCUUAUUUUAACUAAGGCCUAGUCCUGGCUUAAGCUAAGCCCCAUUUGUGAAAUCGGCCUUUACUUUGGAUAUAUCCAAAAAUGGUAUUCUUCUUAAAGCAAGUUCCUGCUGUGACAGUUUAGUGUGACAACAUGCCCCACUGGCUAAUAACAGUGGAUAUGUUCAGGAGCUGCUUUUUAUUGAUUGAUUGAUUCAUUGACGCACAGUUCAGUGUGUGACUCUUUAAAAAUAACCUCAUUCUGAGAAAUAUUCACUCAAGUAAAAAGUGUGACAACUAGCCCCGGUUUAUGCACAUGCAUGUUUUACUGACAGCUUAGUGUGCAAUGUGUUACAGUCAUUUCUUCCUAAAGAAUGCAAACCACAUUCCAGGCGCUGAUAGUUGACUGCUGGUUCCAUGUGAUCAUAUGACAUAUGCUACUCUGUGUACAGCAUGUACAGAAAUGGAGCAUUAGUUGUUGCUAGUUUUGUAUAAUUAAACAGCUGGAAGAGUCAGGAUUAAGAGUGGAAUUAUUGCUGAACUGUAUUCAUAUAUAAAACUAUAUAAUGUAUUUUAAUAAUGUCAGAUAUUGAGAUGUUAAGUCAGUUUCAUUUGUGUAUUUAUUUAUUUCCAGUUUGUACUUAUUUUAAGCAGUUUGAAAAGUUGUAUGAAAAUAAAACUGACUUGAUUUGGUUCAAAUGCAGUCCUCUCCUUUGCAAACCAUAGACUGGGUUUCUGGGACACUUUUAGUCAUGCUGCGUCUCGUGAGGAGCCAGGGCCGAGGGUUUAGGGGCUGUGUGUGCUGUCAGCGGAGGUUUCAGCAUCACCAUCUUCACCAGCAGAAUCACAAGAGUGUCAUAGCCAUCCGCCGCGAGGAUGUCAACGUGUGGGAGAGACGCGCGCCUCUGGCUCCACGACACGUCAAGGAGAUCACUGCAGCUGGACACAAGGUGCUCGUGCAGCCCUCCAACAGACGGGCCAUCCACGAAAGAUACUAUGAAAAAGCAGGAGCGGUUAUCCAGGAGGACAUCUCAGAGGCGUCUCUCAUCAUUGGUGUGAAAAGGCCCCCGGAGGAAAAGGUGUACCCCCAUAAGACCUAUGCCUUCUUCUCUCACACGAUUAAAGCACAGGAGGCAAACAUGGGGCUCCUAGAUGACCUUCUUAAAAAGAAAGUUCGCCUCAUUGAUUAUGAAAAAAUGGUGGACCCCAAUGGCUACAGAAUUGUAGCGUUUGGACAGUGGGCUGGUGUUGCUGGAAUGAUUAACAUAUUACACGGUCUGGGGCUGCGUUUUCUUGCCCUUGGACACCACACCCCAUUCAUGCACAUUGGUAUGGCGCACAACUACAGAAACGUCAGCCAGGCCAUCCAGGCGGUGAGGGAUUGUGGGUAUGAAAUAUCUUUAGGUCUGAUGCCCAAGUCCAUUGGUCCUCUCACAUUUGUGUUCACUGGCACCGGCAAUGUCUCCAAGGGCGCCCAAGACAUUUUCAACGAGCUCCCCUGUGAGUAUGUGGAGCCUCACGAAUUGAAAGAGGUGUCAGAGAGUGGAGAAAUGACCAAAGUGUACGGCACAGUGAUCAGCAGACACCACCACCUGAUAAGAAAGAGUGACAGACUGUACGACCCCCUGGAGUAUGAAAUCCAUCCUGAGCUUUACACGUCUCACUUCAGGGAGACUGUGGCCCCAUACACAACCUGCCUGAUAAACGGCAUAUACUGGGACCCUCACACACCCAGACUGCUGCGGCGACUGGACGCCCAGCGACUAAUUAGACCCGUUAUAACUGCAUCAUCAUCACCUGAUCUCGGUUGCCCUGCGCUUCCCUACAAGUUCUUGGCGAUUUGCGACAUCUCUGCUGACACAGGCGGCUCCAUUGAGUUCAUGACUGAGUGCACCACUAUUGAGAAGCCCUUCUGCAUGUAUGAUGCCAACCAGCAUAUUGACAAUGACAGUGUGGAAGGUAAUGGCAUUCUCAUGUGCUCCAUCGAUAACCUGCCUGCCCAGAUGCCCAUUGAGGCAACUGAGUAUUUUGGGGACCGGCUGUUCCCUUACAUCUGGGAGAUGCUCCCAUCAGACGCCACCAGAUCACUAGAGGAAGAGGACUUCUCUCCACAAGUCAGAGAUGCUGUAAUUACAUCCAAUGGGAAGUUGACCCCUAAGUUUGAAUACAUCCAGAAACUUCGAGAAAGGAGGGAAUCGGAGCAGAUCUUAAAGAAAGAAGGAAUGAAGCGGGUGCUUUUGCUGGGCUCAGGCUAUGUGUCUGGGCCAGUUAUCGAGUAUCUCACCAGGGACGCUGGCACUCAGGUCACAGUGGCAUCAAAUCUGUUGCAUCAGGCUGAGGACAUGGCAGCCAAGUAUCCCAACACCAUCGCUGUGAUGCUGGACAUCACCCGCCAGGAAGGCCACCUCGAGUCACUGAUCAAAGACCAUGACAUCGUCAUCAGCAUGCUGCCAUAUGCGUUUCAUCCACAAGUAGCUAAGCAAUGCAUUAAAAUGAAGGUAAACAUGGUGACCGCCAGUUACUUGAGCCCAGCCAUGAAGGAGCUUCAGAAGAGUGCCGAGGAUGCUGGCAUCACCAUCGUCAAUGAGAUUGGUCUGGACCCUGGCAUUGAUCACAUGUUGGCCAUGGAGUGCAUCGACCAGGCCAAGGCAGACGGUUGCACUGUGGAAUCGUACAGCUCUUUUUGUGGUGGUCUUCCUGCCCCAGAGUGCUCAGACAACCCACUGCGAUACAAGUUCAGCUGGAGUCCAUACGGCGUCCUGCUCAACACCAUCAGUCCAGCCAUCUAUCUGAAAGACAAUCAGGUGAUCAGUGUUCCUCCUGGCGGGGCUCUCCUGGAUGUCACAGAGCCCAUGGACUUCAUGCCUGGUUUCAACCUGGAGGCCUUCCCCAACCGGGACAGCACCAAAUACGCGGAGCCGUAUGGAAUUGAGUCCGCACGCACGCUCAUCAGAGGAACUCUGCGCUUCAGGGGCUUCUCCUCUGCAAUGAGUGGCUUCGUCAAACUGGGACUCAUCAACACUGAGCCCUUUCCAAAUAUACUAAACAAAUCUACUCCCCUCAAACAGAAAGAGCUUCUCUGUAAGCAGAUUGGCUUGUCUACAUCUGUGAGCAGUCGUGUCUUUGAGGAUGCCAUUUAUGAGCGGAUCGGACGAGACGACUUCAGAAUGCACAGUCUCAGAGGGCUCGGGAUGCUCAGUGAAGAGCCGGUUCCUCACGCCGAGACCAUCUUAGCAGCAGUUGCUAAGCAUCUGGAGGCUAAACUGUCCUUCGCUAAAGGCGAGCGCGAUAUGGUCAUCAUGAGGAACGAUGUCGGUAUCAGACACCCAACGGGCGAGCUGGAGACCAAACACAUCAGUCUGGUGGUUUACGGGGAUCCCAAUGGAUACUCAGCCAUGGCUAAAACCGUGGGCUACCCAGCAGCCAUUGCAACACGUAUGGUGCUCAACGGUGAACUGACCACUAAAGGACUCGUGGUGCCGAUGACGAAGAGCAUCUACAGUCCGGUGCUGAAGAGACUGCAGGAGGAGGGUCUCCGGUACAUUACCAAGAGCACCAUAUCAGAGUAACCACACACCUGAAGAUCUAAUUUCUGUGCCACAUGUGUGUAAUGAAACCCAAACAUCCAUUACUGCACAUAUUCCACAAUGAACGGUUGCAGAUCUUUAACUUCAGUUCAGAGUGAUCCAACGGUUAGUACUACUUUUCAAACUUGAAUCUAAAAAUAGAUUUACACAGUCUGUAGAUGUUUGUAUUAGUUGACAAUGACAAUGAAUAUUUAUGCAAAACUUGAUGUCAUGUUAAGUACUACUGAUAAAAUUAUACAUUUUCUGUAAGGCUAUAACAUCAUGUCAACUGAAUAUUUCUUAAAUGUGAAACUUGGCACUAUAAUGAAUUGUUUAAAAAAAAAAAAAUUCACAUCAUAAACGUGAAUUGGCAUAAAAAUCAUUUGUAGAUCAUUUUAAGCAUAGUGUGUCCAAAGAGUUGUUUUAAAACUAGCUUUUGUCCAAUAAAGCAUUUUCGUUUUCUUUGUUUUA